AUGUCUUCAAAGCAGAAAAUAGUUUACCUUGAUGAGAUUCGUCCAUGGAAGACAGCCUGGUUGAUCGAAGCCAAGAUUCUGCACACGUGGAAACCAUCCAAUGCCAGCUUUGGUGAGAGUUUGGAAAUCGUCAUGUCAGACAAAAAGGGGACCAAGAUUCAUGCUACAUGUAAGAAAAACUAUCUGCAGUCUCUGGGGGAACAAUGUAAAGUUGGCGAAUGGAAAACACUAUACAACUUUCAAGUGAGUGCAACCGGCAAACAUUACAGACCAACGCAGCAUAUGUAUAAGAUCACUUUCAUCAAUCAGACGGUUAUUAAACCCUCUGAGUUCCAAAACGAUGACAUGUUUCUUUCUUUGGCAACAUUUGAUUCCAUUAUGAGUGGAAAGUUAGAUAACGAUAUCUUAAUAGACAUUAUUGGACAAGCUAUUGAAGUUGGUGAGAUUCGAACUCUCCAAUGUGGUGGAAAGGAGAAAAAAAAGAUUGAAUUCCAGCUAAGAGACGUCAGUUACAAAUUCCAUGACGAUUCUUUGAGCAUUGUUGAAACAAGUGAAGAAGGCAAAGAUAUUGUAUCUCAAGCCAACAAUGGGACCAGACAGAAAUUAACUGGAUGGGAAACAGUUGAGGUUAAAACCAUAUCUGAGAUAUUGAAUUUCACACAGGUUGAUAAGUGCAAGGUUGUUGCUACAAUCUAUGCCAUAGAUACUGAUUAUGCAUGGUAUUAUUUUGGAUGUGAUUUGUGUCAAACCAGGACUUAUAAAGUCCCCGCUGAAGAUAUAAAUCCUUCCAUCGUAACCAAGCCUUUGUUUUGGUGUGAAAAAUGCAAUAAGAAUGUGAUGAAUGUUAAACCAAGAUAUAAGCUCCAUCUCGUGGCUAAGGAUGAUACAGCUAAAGCAAAAUUUGUACUUCUUGAUUGGGUUGCAUGGCCAGUUAUAGGAGUAAAGGCUGAAAAAAUUCUCAAUGGUUCUUUGGAUGAGGUUGAAGAUCCUGAGAUGUUGCCUGACUGUAUUAAUGAAAUUGUGGGGAAGACUUAUAAUUUUGGGGUUACCAUCGAAAAAGGAUCUGAGACUUUUAAGGUACUUAAAGUCUGGUCAGUUUACAACACACUCAUGGUUGAUUCCCAAUCGGAAUCUAUUUCUGGAAAGGGAAUAACAGCAAACUCAGCAUCAGAGGUGUCUCUAUUGACUUACAGUGAUGAAAGCUCAAGCAAGAUGGCAACUCCUUCAAAGCGAUCAGUGGACGACAUUGUUGAUAUUCCAGAUAACACCUCGACUUCAAAGAUGCGCCAUGUCAAAAGUAUCAAGAUUGAGAAGAUGAGCAGUGAUGAGCUAGCCUUAAGGAAGAACUAA